AUGGGAUUGGCGUUUCGUUGGAAAGGUUUGGUUUUAGCGGUGAUUGUUGCGGUGGCGGCGACGGAGACGGUGAAGAGAGGGAAGGCGCAAUUAGUUGAAAAUUUCUAUGGCUCAAAAUGCCCAAACUUAGAGCAGAUCGUUACACAAUCUGUCCAAACCAAAAUUGCUCAAACUUUUGUCACAAUUCCGGCAACUUUGAGACUCUUUUUCCAUGAUUGCUUUGUCGAGGGAUGCGAUGCUUCAGUGUUGAUAGCUUCUCCAAAUGGAGAUGCGGAGAAAGAUGCAAAAGACAAUCUUUCAUUAGCGGGAGAUGGGUUUGACACUGUUGUUAAAGCAAAACAAGCGGUUGAAAAUGUUUGUCCUGGUAUCGUUUCUUGUGCUGACAUCUUGGCUCUUGCAACUAGAGAUGUUGUUAACUUGGUAGGAGGUCCACAAUAUAGUGUGGAACUUGGACGUAGAGAUGGGCUUAUUUCUCAAGCAUCUCGAGUGGCAGGAAACCUACCAGAACCAUCCUUCAAUCUAAACCAACUAACAAACAUGUUUGCCACCCACAACCUAACCUUAAUUGAUAUGAUUGCCCUUUCUGGAGCCCACACCUUGGGAUUCUCCCAUUGUGACCGUUUCGCAAAUCGCCUUUACUCAUUUUCACCUUUGUCUCCAACGGAUCCAUCGUUGGACCCUGGAUACGCACGACAGUUAAUGGAUGCGUGUCCACAUAAUGUGGAUCCUAGUGUGGCCAUCAACAUGGACCCUAAAACUCCUCAGACCUUUGACAACGUUUACUAUCAAAACCUCAUCUCUGGCAAAGGGUUAUUCACUUCCGACCAGGUUUUGUUUACCGAGUCUGAAUCACAACCGACGGUUAGUAGUUUUGCCACCAGUGGAGCAGAGUUUAAUGCAACGUUUAUCAGAGCCAUGACCAAGUUAGGUCGAGUUGGGGUUAAGACUGGUAGUGAUGGUGAAAUUCGAAGGGAUUGCACUACCUUUAAUUCUUAAUACAUGUUAUAUAUCAACACUAAAGUAUAAGUUAAUAUUGUGGCCUUUAAUUUAUGUAACUUU